UCCUUAUUUCCAUCUCUCUCCCUCUCUCUCCGUUAAAGAACCAAACACUCUCAUCAAAAGCCUAUCUCGCUCGCUCGCUUUCUCUCUCAGCUUGCUCAUCUUUUCAUGGCUCUUCUCGCUUCAGCACCGGAGGCCUCAGCGGCCGGAGCCAAGAAACAGCCGUCCAAGCGCAAGAAAAAGCUUGCCCAGAAGCCGCCAUCUUGCUCAUGGGACCAAAUCAAGAACCUGCUCAGCUGCAAGCAGAUCGAAGCCUCCGGAGUCCACGACCCCUCCAAGCCCAGCGCCGCUCUCGCCUACUCCAAGCUGGGCUCCUGCAGCUCCAUCUGCAGCUUCCGUGACGUCGUCCAUGGCAACACCAGCAGGGUCGUCCACCGAGCCGACAACUCGCCGGAGAGCAGCUCCCUCGGCCAAGAAACCCGCCUGCUCAGCCGCAAAGCCGUCUCAGCUGGGCCGCCCUCCUCCCGCUCCUUGCCCGCCCCUUCUUCCAGAGCCAUGCAAUUCAGGAAGCUUUCAGGUUGCUACGAAUGCCACACCAUCGCCGACCCUAGUAGGUACCCAUCUCCGAGAAGUACAAUCCGUGCUUGCUCAAAGUGUGGAGAGGUCUUCCCAACGACUGAGAGCUUGGACCUCCAUCAAGCUGUUAGGCACGCCGUUUCGGAGCUGGGUCCGGAGGAUUCGGGUCGGAACAUAGUGGAGAUCAUCUUCAAAUCGAGUUGGCUCAAGAAGGACAACCCGGUCUGCAAGAUCGAACGGAUAUUAAAGGUCCACAACACCAGCCGCACGAUCCAACGGUUCGAGGAGUGCCGGGAUGCCGUGAAGAUCCGCGCCAAGAAGAGUCCCAGGUGCGCCGCCGACGGCAACGAGCUGCUUAGGUUCCAUUGCACCACGCUGGCCUGCUCCCUCGGCGCGCGCGGCUCGUCCAGCCUGUGCGCCGCGGUGCCCGGCUGCGGCGUGUGCACCAUCAUCAGGCACGGCUUCCAACGCCAGCCGUCGGAUCAUGGGAAAGGAGUCCGGACGACGGCGAGCAGCGGCCGGGCCCACGACUGCCACGGCGGAUCCGACGGUCGAAGGGCGAUGCUAGUGUGCCGCGUGAUCGCGGGACGGGUGAGGCGCAUGGCUGAUGAUGCGCCGGCGGAGGAGGAUAGCGUGUCGGGCGGGUCGUACGACUCCGUAGCCGGGUACGCGGGGAUCUACUCGAAUCUGGAGGAGCUCUACGUGUCUAAUCCUAGGGCUAUCCUGCCUUGUUUCGUGGUGAUAUACAAAGCCCUCGAAUCCUAGCCGUUCAAUCGGAUGAGAUUUGCUGAUCCGGCUCUGCGCCUUGUGUAUAUAUUAAUUAAUAUUAUCUUCUGGCUUGUUUUGCACCAAAUCCAGGUUUGUUUUGUGAGUCUUAUUUUUAAGUAAAAAAGGGUAAAAUUAUGGAUUU